UGAGGUUUCCGAUGGAGCUGUAGACAACAGCGCACAAACAACAACCAGUUUUGGACUCGAGCUUUUGAAAACUUCUCAGAACAAGCCAGAAACAGUAUUCUCAGGCAAUUUUUAGCAACAUGGAAGACCGAAAGGUUAUUAUCCCAAGUGUGUCACCCCAUGAUUCACAAGAUGAACGCAAGACAGAGAUCUUGUGCAAGGUUUGUGGCGAUGUCUCGUCUGGUCGUCACUACGGAGUGUACACGUGUGACGGAUGCAGUGGUUUCUUUAUGAGGAGCGUACGAAGAGACGCCGUCUACACUUGCAAGGGAAACGGGACGUGUAUCGUGGACAAGAAACGAAGAAAUCAAUGUCAGGCUUGCAGAUACAAGAAAUGUAUUGACGCGAAAAUGAAUAAAUUCGCGGUUCAACAAGAGCGCCAACCGAACUCUUUGCGGUUGUCCAAGAGCCUUGACGACCACGAGUUUCUGAAAGUUCCUGGGAACGAGUUUUUGAACAGCCUCAUAAUCGCCGAACCCUACCGGGAACUCGCGCUGAGGCCCGGAUACCCGAGCCCCACCUACGCGCCCGGGGGCCAAGACUGCUUUCCCAUGUACUGCAACCCGCACGAAAACACCUGCGAGGCCGCCGCCCGAUUGUUGUUCAUGUCCGUGCGAUGGGCCCGCAAUAUACCUUCCUUCGUCAACCUCCCGUUCCGCGAUCAGGUCAUCUUACUCGAAGAAGGCUGGCGAGAAUUGUUUAUACUUGGUGCAAUACAGACUAAUCUGUCCAUAGAGGUCGCCCCCCUUCUGGCGACGGCCGGCAUGCACGUGGACAACACGCCCGCGGAGAAGAUUGUCACGACGAUGGGGGACAUACGGCUACUACAGGAGAUCACGGGGAGAUUUCGAGCUCUACACAUCUGCGAAGCUGAACUGGCCUGUCUCAAAGCCGUGGUCUUGUUUAAAUCAGAUCUCCGUGGAUUACGAGACCCGCAGAGAAUCGAAGUUUACCAGGACCAAGCGCAAAUUAUGCUAAACGACUACGUGCGUCGUCACUACCCAGGACAGCAAGUGCGCUUCGGAAAACUCUUACUGAACUUACCAUCCCUCAGGAUGAUAAACACGAAGACAAUUGAAACGUUAUUUUUCCGACAAACAAUAGGCAGUGUGGCUAUCGAGAGCCUCUUGUGUGACAUGUUUAAAAGUUAGAAAAUGUUCUAGAUGGCGGUGUAUAUUACUACAUGUAUAGUAU